AUGACCACAACGCAACCAUUUCAGUCAUGUCAAAACAUCAAUCACGACGCAGAUAAUACCCCCACAACUACUACACCGCCAAGCAUUCAUCUACAUGCAUCUUCAUGUCAUUCCACUCGAAAGCCAAGCUUCACCAUGAAGAACAGCCUUAUGAAUUUUGCAAUUUUCGAAAAUUUAGGAAUUGUCAUUCUCACUGCUGGUUUGUUUAUAAAAACUCCUUCCACGUUUACUUCGUAUCCAUUAUUCGAUUCGUCUGAAGAUGACAUGGAAACUUCUCAUUCGAGCUAUUAUCGUUACAUUGAAAUGUCCUUGUUAGAGUAUUGUCAACAAUGUAAAGAAGCGAACAUGCAAUUAUUCAACUUGAUAUGCAUUGUGGUAGGAGUGACGAGCAUGUGUUUGGCUCUCUACAUCACUCACAACGUUCUACGAGAGAACAAAUUGAAAACUUCCAACGCUCAUGAAAGAACAGAUAUCCAUCACGGCGACCAAAACAUGCUGUCGAGGUUGUUGAAGAAUGGCCAUUGUUCUCUGAAACAUGUCAUGGCCAUUGUCGUGUUUUCAAUUCUUUCAUUCACAAGUUUUGCUCUAUUGGUAUACAUGCAAUUCUUCAUCGCGUCGAAUAAUAGCCUGGUGAUGACAAUGGAACAAUGCGACCAUGUGGAAUGGUAUGCUCGCACUUCUAAAAUCCUCAGUCUAGUACUUGGAAGCACAAUGAAUGUCAUUGGAAUUGGUUGUUUGUUACGUCUCGUGGUUUGUUCAUUCUGGAAAAAGAAACCUGCUGUGGAUCAACAUGAUGCUACUCGUUCCGUAUCUUUGUCUUGUUCGUCGUGUCAUUCUCAGGAAGCAAUAAUUGCAUCGGAGAAGGUGUGA